AUGUGGCUCAACUUUUUGAUCAUGAUUUUAGAGGCUUGUGAUGUUAGAAUCAAUGAAUUAAACAUCUAUCCAACUUAAGGAGAGAAUUACAUACUUCCUAUGGAUACUAUAUUUAGUGGAAAGAACUUGUCCUAUUUUUGCUAGAACUGUCCUAACAAUCUCAUAGUCUAUAAUACUUUCGAAACUAUUGUUUCUAAAGACAAUUAUGGUAUCUAUAGAAAUUUAAUGAAGGCUUCACAUCUAAGUCAAUCUCAUCAAAUAAAACACAUUUUGCUGUUUUAACUAAAGAAUAAACUUUAAAUAUGUAUAAUUAUGAUCUAGAUUUGGUAUCAAAAUUGAAAUUAGUUGAAGAUUGGACAUAUUUCAAUGCAAUAUUUACAAUCAAUAAUAAAAUUUUGCUUGAUAGCUAUGAUCAGAAUGUAUUAUAAUUUCUUUUUUAAAAAUAAAAUUAGUUAAUUUUUAUAUAGAAGUUGACAUCAUCUAUUCCUACUAAAACCAAAAUGAGAUCUUUUGUUACUUAAUAGAAAGAGGCAUUAUUGUAUGCAUAAUUCUAUACAUAGUAUACAACUCUAACUCUAUUUAUAUGGGAUAAUGAUCAAUAUAAAAAUACUAGUAAAUGGUAGCAUCAAUUAGUAGAUUUUGAAAUAUCAGAUAAAGGAUUUAUCUAUAUAUUAGUACCUAAUAUGGGAAUUUAUCAAGUUGUAAUAGAUGUGGAAUUUAAAUUUGAUAUAUUAGCAAUACAUUAUUCAGUUUAGAACUUACUCACAAUAGCAAUUGGAACUAGUGUUAGUUUGAAUUCAUAAUGGGAUACAUUAAUAAUUACAAAUAAUGCUUAUUAUUCUUCUGUUUAAAAAUUUGUAGCAUGGGAAAAUUCUAUUAAUUUUUUUGGAGAUUUUAUUUUAACAUAUUUUGACUUUAAUCUAACCUCACUUUUACAAGUUUAAAUUAGUUAAUAUUUUUUAAUUAUUUAAUAAGAUAACUAUUUUACUGUGAAUUCAGCUGAAAUCAUAUAUUAAUCAUCAGAUAGUAAUUCAAUGCUUAAAUUUUCAAGACAUAAAAAUAAUAUUUCAUAAAUUUAUUCAUAUUUAGAUCCAAAAACAAACCGUUUUUAUGAAUUUAGUAAUAAAUUAACAAUUUCAACACUUCAAAAUCCAUAAUUAAGAGGAAUAUUUGAUCCUAAUAUUUUAAAUGGUACAUUUUCAAUAUCAGCAUUUGAAAUAUAAUUACCAUUUAUAAAUCGAUUUUGCAAAUCUCAAAUUACAUACAAUAUUUUGCCAAAGAAUGAUACAAAUAUUUAUAUGGUGUAUAAUGAAAAACUACCUAAAGUAAUAAUGUAAAAUUCUAUCGUAUAAUAUUCACUUGACAGUUUUUCAGGACCUCUAUAAAAAAUUAAUGCAAAUAUAUCUGAUCCUAAAUUAGGAGAAUUUACAGACUAAACCUUUGAAUUAUUAAAUAUAAAAAUUGAUAAAGAAUUUGACUUGGUCAAAUUAUAUUAUAUAAGUUAGCUUUCUCUAGAUGGAUUGCUUUUAAUAGGAGUAUAAGAGUUGACUUUAUAUAUUUAUGUUUGUUAAAGUAAUUAUACUUGCAUGUAAAUCUAUAAUAAUACCUUUAAUGAAAAGAUUCAUCAUAUAGAAAUUUCCUUUUAUUAUCUAUCAAAUUUUACUGUAGCUAUUGAUUAAGGAAGUUUUUAAAUAAUAAUAAUUUAAGCUAAUUACAAUCAAUAGUUAUUUUAAUAAAAUAUUGUUUAUUCAGAAUCAAUAGUUUGUUGUUAGCCAUAUGAAUAAUUUUUAUUAACUUAUAAAAAUUUAGUACUUUUGACUCCAGAUAAGAGAAUAAUAAUAUCAUCAUUUAAUUAAGAUUUUAUAUUUAAUUUAGAUGAAGAAAUAGUGAACCAACUUUUCUUUGAUCUAAUUGAAAAACGAUUAGAUUUUCAUCCAAAAUCAAUUACUUCAAAUUAAUAAAACUAAGCAUCUACUAUUUUUAUUAAUAAUAGAGAUUGUUUUCUAACAAUAGAUAUUUCAUAUAAUAAUAGUAUUAUUCCUAUAAGUAUUACAUUUGUUGAUUAUGAAAUUUAUUCAUUAAAUAUUGUAAAUGAAUAAAUAGUGAUUUCAAAUUUGGUCGAUGAUGAUAUACUUGAAUUUGAAGUAUAUAAAAUUUACAACAUAUACAAACCUGAAUUUUAGAAAUAGUUGCCAUAUUUAUAAAUUAAAAAAGGUACUCGAAUUUAUUCUGAUGAUGCUCAUCUAUAUGUUCUCUCUAAAGAUAAUUAUAUGGUAGUUUAUAGUCCUGCUCUACCUUACCACAAUUCUUUAUAUUAUAAAUUCAAAUUUUCUGGAAAUUAUUUUAGUUGCGUUGAUUUAAAUUAUACUUCAUUUGUUACAUUUUCUAAUUAAUACUAUUUAUUGCAUGUUGUAAUCACUGAAUAAUUUAUUAGCAACAAUGUUAUAAAUGCGACUUACAUUUCUGAAUUAAAUUAGAUAUUUGCUGUAACAUCUGCAUUAAAUUAUUAAUAAUAAUAUUUAUUUGAGGAUACAAUUUACAUUAUUAAUCCUCUUAUUGAUAUUCAAGUUGAUUAUAAGAAUUUAACAUAUCAAUUUCAAAAGGCAUAACAUUUUAGAAUUGAUUUAGAUUAAUUAUUUAAUUUUUAAAUUCUUUCAUAUUAAUUGUCAAUAAAUGCGGAAGACUAAAAAAAAUCAAGUAUGAUAUGUUAAUUAAACUAAUAUUUUUAAGGAUAAUAGAAUUAUAGUUUUCCAAAUUAUACAAUAAUAUUAAGUGCUAAUAAUGAAUUCUAUAUAUAAAAUAAUAUCUCAAUUAUAGAAUUAUCAUCAAGAAUAGAAGUAUAAUAUCUUUAUUAAUUCGAAAAAUGUUUAGCAUCUGCAUCUUAUAAAAAUUUUAUAUAUACUCUUUGUCUUAGUUCAUAAAUUACAUUCUUAAUUAAAUUUGAGAUUUAAGGAAAUAAUAUUACAUAACUUAUUGGAUAUAAUGCAUUACCAUUAUCUUGCCAAAUAAUAAGGAAAAUGAUUUAAUAUUAAAAUUUUACUUUUGUACUUGGUUAGAAUAUAAUUUCUAGUGAAUAUGAGUAUAUUUACAUAUACAAUCUCUAAGAUUUAAACAAUAUUACAUUCUAGAAUAUAUCUUGUAAAAAAGGUAUUGAGGAUUUUUCCAUUCAAUAUCUUUAUAACUCUACUCAAAGUUCAUAAAUUAUUGCUAUAUUUUUCAUUUGUGAUAAUUAAUUAUAUUAUAAGCUUGGAUAUUUAAAUUAGAUUGAUUAUACACUUAAUUUGGAUAGAGAUUAUUAGAAUGUAAUAUUCAAAGAUAAGAAACUAUUAUUAUUACAAUAAACAGCUAUGCUACAAAUAAUUCCCUUAGCUGUAAAAUAUAAUGAAAUCUUACUAGCUCUCACAACAACAAAUGCUACAACUUUUAUUUUCACAAUGACUUUCAGCAAAGAGUUAUAUGUAAAAAAUUAAUUACAAAUAUAAACUAUUGUCUAAACUAUUCCUCCAUAUGGAAAUUAUACUUAAUAAUACUUUGGUUUAGCAACUAAAGGUAUAUUAUUGUUACUAUUUGCUUCUGAAAAUGAACGUGUUUUUGCUGUCUAUAAUUAUACUAUGAUUUAAAGCAAUAUUAGAUAACCUUUAAUGAUGAUAGGAGGAUUAAAUUAAUCACUACCUAAUCCUAAUGGAGUUGCAAUCUCUAUAAUAUCUAAUCAAUUAGGAGGCUAAAUAGUGGAUUUGACAAAUGGACAAAUAAAUAUAUAUAAUUUUAGCACUUCUAACUAUUUAUCUUGCUAAUCUUCUUAAGUAGCUCAUAGUGAUUAAUAUUAUUCAUUGAGGAUAUCCAAUUCUUUUAGUUCAGAUACUAUUGAAUUAAUUUUCCGAUAUAAAAAAGAAGGUCCAACUUAUUGGAUAUAUAUCCUUUUAGCUUUGGUAAUACUAAGUGUACUAAGCUUUUUCUAUGUAUAUAGAUAAAAAAUGAAAAAUCAUAAGUAUUUUGAGGAGGAAGGAGAAUUAACUGAUGAGUUUGAGCUUUGA